AUGUGGUGGGGAGUUCUCAGCUUGCUGUUCUGGGUCCCGUUGCAAGCAGCCCUUUUGAACAUGGAAACCAUCACAGUGGAGGAGGGCGCGACACUCACCCUAAACUGUGCCACUUCUUCUGCGAAGAAUGCCUCUCUCCAAUGGCUGGCCCCUUCCGGGUUCACCAUUUUUUUUAACCAGCAUCCUGCUUUAAAAGGCUCCAAAUACCAGCUUCUUCACCACUCGGCCACACAGCUCUCCAUCCGUAUGCCCAACGUAACUUUGCAGGAUGAAGGCGUGUACAAGUGCUUACAGUACGGAAGCCACGUGAGGACAAAGCAUGUGAAGGUGAUUGUGUUAGUGACGCCUUUCAGGCCGACUGUGGAAGCUUUGGUUGUCAGACGGCAGAAUGGAGACAAACACGUUGUACUGAAAUGCUCCACAGAGAGGAACAAGCCCCCUCCGCAAGUCACCUGGCUGCUGGGGAGUGAUCUGGAGGUCUACGGUGGACUCCACCAUGAAUUUGAAACUGACGGGAAAACCUGCAACACCACCAGCAUGCUCGUGAUCCACACGUACAGCAAAAACUCCAUGGUGCACUGCAUUAUCCGGCACAAGGGCCUGGAAGGAAGGAAGCUGGUGGCCCCCUUCCAGUUUGAAGAUUUGGUUGCAGACCAAGAAACAGCUUCCGAUGCCCCUGAGCAGAGCUCUCUCUCAUCUCAAGCCCCCCAGGAGCCCACAAGUCUGGUCUCAAUGAUGGAAAAUUCCAGUAUACAAGAGACUGACGAGAAAGAAAAAAAGCAUGCCACUCAAGACCCUGACUUGACCACUGAAGCCAGUGCUCGGUACACAGGCCUGGAGAGGAGGAAGAGUGGCAUCCUGCUGCUCACGCUGGUGUCCUUCCUCAUCUUCAUCCUCUUCAUCAUUGUUCAGCUCUUCAUCAUGAAGCUCCGUAAAGCACACGUGAUAUGGAAGAAGGAAAGUGAAAUUUCGGAGCAAACUCUAGAAAGUUACAGGUCAAGAUCCAACAAUGAAGAGACAUCUUCUUCCCAAGAGAAUAGCAGCCAGAUUUCCCAGUCUAAGCAUUGCAUGAACUACAUCACACGGUUGUACUCGGGAACCAAAACAAAGAGGAAGGAGAAGGCGCAGCACUGGAAACCAGAAGGCAAGCACAGUCGUGUCCCAGAGAGUAUUGUGUAAGUGUGCCACGCCGUAGAAGAGGGGAUUGCGCGGCAGCUGCAGAAGGCCGGAAAGGAAUAUAAGUACUGUGGCAUGGGAAAAAAAUGUCCAUUGAGUACCAUUCAGGACAGUGGCCACUGAGCCAGGGCGGCAACCUGAGAACCAAGCCAUGAACAGAG